UUUUUUUUUGUCUUCCUUUCCUACUUCCAUCAUGGAUCAGAAAAAAGGAGUUAAAAAGUUUACAUUUGGUUUACCAACACGCAAACCUACGACUAGUACGAAUACAACAAACGAUCAACCUUCCGCAGUAUCGUCUAGUAGCGGUUUAACAACAACCACUCUCAAGAGACAAUCAAACUUGGACGGGCAGCUAUCAUCAACACCUACGACUGAAACGAAACGAAAACGAACCAUUGAAGCCGACGAUGAAGAUGACUUUUUAAUCAGUGCAGGUUUAGCUCCAACAAAAGUAAACAACCAAUCUGAAACUACGACUAACUUGGAUGAAGACGAUCCGUUGGAUGCAUUCAUGGCAGAUAUGACUGAACAAGCGAAAAAGUCUAUUCCAGAACAAAAGGCUCGACGUGACGAUUUAGAAGAAGAAGAUGACAUUGAAACAUACGUACGACAUAUGAAAGAUAAAGGUAUUGUUAUUGGCAAAACUGGAAGAUCAACACAACGUGAUGAAAAUGCCGAUUCUGAUGAAGAAGUCUAUGCAACUGCAGCAGCUGUAGACGCUCAAUUACGAUACGAUUCGGAUGAUAUGGAUAACAACAAUGUGGAUGGACGAGGCAAGAAAGAAAUUGAACCAUUGGCACGUGUUGAUCACGAUAGUAUUCAGUACCCAGAAAUAGAAAAAUACUUUUAUCAAGAACAUCCGGAUAUUACAGCAAUGACAAUGGAACAAACACAAAAAAUUCGAAAAGAUAUUGGAAUAUAUGUUUCUGGAAGUCAAGUAGCAAAACCUUGUAUUUCCUUUGCUCAUUUUGGAUUCGAUGAAGAUUUGAUGGCGGCUAUCAUCAAGGCUGGUUACACCGAACCUUCUGGUAUUCAGAAACAGGCUAUACCCGUGGCAUUAGAAGGCAGAGAUAUCAUUGGCAUUGCAAAAACAGGAUCUGGAAAAACGGCAGCUUUUGUAUUACCUAUGUUAGUACACAUCAUGGAUCAAGAAGAGCUGGUUAAAGGAGAUGGUCCCAUUGGUCUUAUCUUGGCUCCUACUCGAGAAUUGGCAGUACAAAUCUAUUCGGAAACGAAGAAAUUUGCAAAAGGUUAUGGACUCAAAGUCGCAGCUGUUUAUGGUGGUGCCUCGAAAAUGCAACAAUUUAAAGAUCUUCGUAGUGGAACUGUGGAAAUACUGGUGGCUACUCCUGGUCGAUUGAUUGAUAUGAUCAAAAUGAAAGCAACCAAUUUGAGAAGAGUCAGUUAUUUAUGUUUGGAUGAAGCGGAUCGAAUGUUUGAUUUGGGAUUUGAACCUCAAGUACGAUCCAUUUGUGACAAUGUUCGACCUGAUAGACAAACCUUACUUUUCAGUGCUACAUUCCAAAAAAAAGUAGAAAACCUUGCAAGACAAGUGACAACCGAUCCAGUACGUAUUAGUGUUGGUCAGUCUGGUCAAGCCAAUGAAGAUAUUACUCAAGAAGUGGUUGUCCUGGAAGAUGAAUUACUGAAAUGGGAUUGGUUGAUGCAAUAUCUUCCAUCACUUUGCAUAGAUGGUAGCGUCAUCAUUUUUGUUUCUCGAAAAGGAGCUGUGGAUCUAUUAGCAAACAAUAUCAAGGAAGCUGGAUACAGCGUCGGUGCAUUACAUGGCGAUUUAAUGCAGGUGGAACGAGAAAAAGUACUAAGAGAUUUCAAAAGCAACAAAUUGACGGUACUAGUAGCUACUGAUGUGGCUGCUCGUGGAUUGGAUAUCAAGGCGGUCAAGACAGUGAUCAAUUAUGAUAUUGCUCGAGAUAUUGAUUCACAUACUCAUCGUGUAGGCCGAACUGGUCGAGCUGGUGAAAAAGGAAAGGCAAUCACUCUGAUUACGAAAAAGGAAGACAGGUUUGCUGGUGAAUUAGUGAAUCACUUGGAAGGAUCAAAUCAAUUGAUACCAAAAGCAUUGAUGGAUUUGGCUCUCUCCAAUCCCAAGUUUCGACAUCGUCAUUCGUAUCGUGGUGGUUAUGGUCGUGGACGGGGUCGCGGUGGAAGAGGUCGUGGACGAGGUCUUGGUUUUAGAAAAGGAAAAGAUGCUACAGGGGCCAAUAGGGAAGCAUUGUCAUCAGGAUCAAGAUACUCAUCUAUAGCUAACCCAAUUCAAUUUCAAAGACCUAGCUCAUCGGCUUCCAGUUUACAUACUGUACAACAAGGUGAAAAACAAUUCCAGUGAUCAUAAGCGAUAGAUUUAUAUUCAUAUAUUGUCCCUAGUUUUAGUUUACAUUAUCAUUAUUAUCAUUAUUAUUAUUAUUAUUUGUAUCAAAUCCAUCCAUUAAUAAAAUACAUUCGUCCAUUUUU